CCAACCUAAAGGAUUGUCUCGAUGAGGAACGCAGCGCAGCCGGCCCAGAUUCCGACGAGCUUCGGCAACGAACUGAGGGCUUGCCUCCGUUGCCGCCUCGUCAAGACCUACGAUCAGGUGAAUAUGAAUGAGGUGCAGUUCAGAGAGAACGGGUGCGAGAAUUGCCCCUUCUUCAAGAUGGAAGAAGACAGCGACCUGGUGAACGAGGGCACUACUCCUAAUUUCAAUGGGCUUAUCUCAGUCAUGGAUCCUGACAGGAGCUGGGCUGCCAAGUGGCUCCGCAUCUCGAGGUUCGUUCCCGGCUGCUACACUCUUGCUGUUUCUGAGGCUCUCUCUGAGGAUUUGCAGAACAUAUGUGAAGAUGAGCGCGUGCAGUAUGUACCACCGAAACGUGUAUGAGCUUGCCUAAUGAUCAGAUUACCGUCACUUCUGGAAGCAAGUUAGCUUGUUAUGGAAACACUUGGUUGUUGCAGGUGAUUGUUCAAUCGGAAUGAAGAAUUAGUGAAAUAAUCAAACUGGGACACUUGUGAUGUACUGAAUCUUAAGUUCUGUUGUUAAUAUGAAUGAUCUGCAAGACAGAGUAGUAGUUUAACUGUGUUUACAUGUUUGGUUACGUGGUUCAAAAUCUACUCAAGUAAUGUGUUUUCUAAAGUUGGGAGAUUUUCCAAUGAGGACCAUUUUGUUAAGGACUUGUUGAGGAUUUUCUAAUUAAUUGUUAUUUAGACCUA